UUUGCUUUCUCCUUCUCGAUCCCUCUCUCUCAAAAUCGCUGCUCUCAAUCUCUCUCCCUCACCUCGCCGUAACGCCGUUCAAUCUUCCGCCGCAGCCGCACCACUGCUCAGCUCACCGCGCCGCACCGCACUCACUCUUUCUCUUCGUCUCGUUUGAGAGAUGAGGAAGUUUUUUGUUCCUAGAGCUAUCCAGAAAUUUGGUUGAUAAAAUUCCCUCCAAAAUUUUGCCUAGGCUCUCUAAUAUUACGGGAAUCGCCACUGCUUAUAUGAAAUGGAAAAAAUGAUGAUUUCUUAUUGGAUGUCCGUGUCAAACUAUUUUAUACCAACGAUGACGAUGUAUUUCCAUUAAACUCAUAAAAUAAAUAAAAAUAUUGAAAUGUGAGGAAUAUGCACAAAAACAACACUGUUAAUUUGUUUUUAGUAAAAAGUAAAAAAAAACAUUGUUAAUUUGUUCAUGUAGCGUAAACCCUUCUCGCGUUUUUUCUUCACUCUAUAACACUAAACUACCUCAUUUUUCUGCAUAUUUUUUUGGUGUCACACACUCUUCCAUUUUUGGCCAAGGAUGAAGAUGUCAUUGAUUCGGCCUCUGUUAACGAGGCGAGGAUUCAGCACAAGCUCUGAGAAAAUGGUUGCCUCUGUACUGUUUGAAAGAUUGCCUGUGGUUAUUCCCAAAAUUGACCCUAUUGUUUAUGCGUUUCAAGAAUUCUCGUUUCGAUGGAGACAACAAUAUCAACGCAGAUAUCCCGAUGAAUUCCUAGACAGAUCUGAUGCUAGGGGUAAAGGUGAUUAUCAAAUUGAAUACGUGCCAGCACCACGAAUCACCGAAGCAGACAAAAACAAUGAUCUAAGGUCACUACAAAGAGCUCUUGACAGAAGACUUUACCUUCUCCUCUAUGGAAAUGCUUAUGGGGCUCCAGAUGGAAAACCUGUGUGGCAUUUUCCAGAGAAAGUAUAUGAAUCAGAGGAAACUAUGCGUAAGUGUGCAGAAUCUGCCCUGAAAUCAGUCAUUGGAGAUCUUUCCAAUACAUAUUUUGUGGGAAAUGCUCCAAUGGCCCAUAUGGUUGUUCAGCCUAAAGAAGAGCAGGCAGAAUCUGCAUCUUUUAAGAAAUUCUUCUUCAAGUCACAAGUAAUUGCUAAAACCAAGUUCGACAUUGGAAAAUGUGAGGAAUUUGUUUGGGUGACUAAGGAUGAGUUGAUGGAGUAUUUUCCUGAGCAAGCUGAGUUUUUUAACAAAAUGAUCAUUAGCUGAUGACAGUGGAGACAGUUUAGUUAAAACCACCAUUUAGUUCAUUGAAAGAAGAUCAAGGUAACAGUUUCUAGAUCAACAGAAGGUUUUGAAUUAUAAUUAGAUUUCACAUCUCAGUUUGAGGCCAUUGUUUAAAAACUUAUUUCUACUUGUCAUCUAUAUUUUCUUGUACUUUGUGCUGUAAUAACAAGUUGCCAUGGUGAUUAUGAUGUUAAGAAUAUAAUGCCCAAUUUUGUAAUUGUGUUCCAUGGAUA